AUGUGGGUCCGCCGCUCCUUCCCCACAAAGCACUCCCACGACGGCAUCAACACGCUCCGGCGCAAACGACGCACCGCCAGCCACGGCACCCGCAUCGCCCGCGCCCUCUCCCGCUUCCGCUCCUUCGCCGCCUCCACCGUCAUCAAGGCGACCGGGAGCAGCGGCAGGGACGAGGACGAGGACGGGAUCGAUUGGGGCAGUGAGGAGAAUCUGGGCGAAGGGAGACGGACGGAGACGACGGACGGCGCCGUUUGUGCGACACCUACGGGCAUUUCGACUGUCAAUGGGGUAGCGGCUCGGAAGGCAAUGCGACGGACAUCAAGUGAAUGA